AGAAAGCAUGAGGACUAAGCUUGUGGUAGUUGUGCUCGCCUCGGUAGCGCUAGUGUCUGUUUCUGGGGAGUUGCGAUGUGUUCAACAGACGUUCGAGGGUCUCGGUGGAGUGUUUCCCAGUCCCAGUUCGUCCUCGGAAUAUUCGCGUUGCAAUGCUGGUGUAGUGCAAACGGUUCCCUGUCCAGAUGAACACUACUUUGACACAGCAGUGCAACGCUGUCUACUUGGACAGAUGGAAGAACAGUCACACGUAGAAGUAGCGUUCCAGUUCGAAGAGCUUUGCAACAAUCCCGACGUUGUGCAGAUCUUUCCCAACCCAACCAACUGCACCCAGUACAUCCUGUGUUACGGAACGGUGCCGAUCGUACAAAGCUGUAGCGGUGGGCUUCUGUUCAACCCACAGCUAAACACCUGUGACUUGCCCGGAAACGUUGUGUGUGGUUACAGCUGCCCCUCUGUAGAUGAUCCCUACAACCCGGUGUGGCUGCCGGAUGCACAGCUGCAAGAUUGCUCGAGGCACUAUCUCUGUUUCAAAGGUGAACCACUGCAGUUCCAGUGUUACAGCAAUCUUUACUUUGACAUUGAGACGCGUACCUGCACCUAUCCCCAGUACUCAACGUGCCGAGUGCCGAACGUGUACUGCAACACGACACUUACAGUGAAUGUGGAAAAUCCAAGAAGCUGCACCUCGUACUACACCUGCGUUGAGGGAUUCCCGCACUAUAGGACGUGUGGAUAUGAAGAGUACUUUUCGGUGCCGCUUGGUAUGUGUAUUCCUGGGACAUGUGGACCAGAUACUACAACAACCGUUGGACCUUCCACCGUAACUGUUACCGAGCUGACGUCAACGACUGGCCCGCCCGGAACGACACCAUCACUAACAUCAACGACGGACUGGAAUACGCAAACAACGGAUUUUACCUCCACAACCGUAUCAAUCUCUACCAUAACCGUACCAGAGUCCACUACGUCAGGCUUGGAGACCACAACGUCUACUAUUUCCGAUACCUCCACAAUGUCUCCUACAACACCAGAGAUCUCAACAUUUACUCCUAGUACACCGGAGCUUACAACAAACUUUGAAACACCAACGCCUACUAUUCCUAACACAUCUUCCACGCCUUCAAUAACACCAGAGACAUCUACAUUUGCUCCUAGCACACCGGAGCUUACGACAGACCUUCCGACAAUGACGCCUAGUACUCCCGACACCCCCACAAUAUCUCCAACAACACCAGAGUUCUCAACAUUUACUCCUAGCACACCGGAGCUUACAACAGACUUUGAGACCACAACGCCUACUACUCCUGACACACCUUCAACGACAUUCGAUACGACAACGCUUGCUCCCAGCACAGCCGAACCUACUACUGAACCAUCAACAAUCUCCACUGACUCUACGACAACUACUGUAGAGUUACCAACGACUACUACUACAAUCGAACAAACUACAACUACCACACCAGACCCUACCACAACUACCACCGAACAACCGACCACUACUACACCGGAACCUACCACUACAACAGAGAUGGUAACGAUCGAUCCGAGUGACGUCUGUCCUGAACUUGGUGUCAUCAUUCUACCCUAUCCCACCAACUGCUACAUGUACAUCUUAUGUCUCAACGGUGUAGGUGGCACAGCGUCCUGCAAGGCAAAUGAGAUUUUUAAUCCAAUCACGGCCGUGUGUGUACCAGGCAAUCAGCAAACUUGCACGCCGUCGUAACGAGUUCAAUACUCUCAGCAAGCGUUGCGAUUAAUUUCCUGAAAUAAAAGUGCACAUUCAAUCAGAAACAGACAGGGAGACGCUGUCCAUACUAUUAGGCGACCAAGUAGACUUGAAAUCGGUUCCCGCACUGGUGGCGAGCGUUUGUACUACUACACUACCAUGUUGAACAUCAAAUUUAUGGCUGGCAGUGAGCGUCGAACAUGCACGCUCGAAAGCUUGCACCUUGUCACAGUGCGCGAUCCGUUUGCAUAAAGUCUGUCCAAAAAAUGUGUGUGUGUUGUGUAUGUAUGCGCGCUUGCCGAAACAGAACAUUUGAAUAUCGCUAUGAUUAUAAAUUUAUAUUCGGCGAAAGAAUGCCACAAAACAGGGAGGAAUAAAUUUCAGCUCGAC